CAAGUGCAGUUAGCCAGCACCUUUGAAGGCCGGCACGGUACCAGAGCCACACGCGGCCGUCUUUGUCUCGUGGAGACGCCUCCACGCAUCGCGCCAGCGACCCAUCCGCGGCUGAGUCGACCUCGGGAGUGGGGGCGGCAGGACCGCUUCAGAUGAUCGCCACCGAUCGCCCUUGACCGUGAGCGCGGGUCAGGAACUCGCGCGCGUGUCCUCGGCGCAGCGCCCCAACCGCUGCGCCACCGCUCCCCCCCACGCGGGGCUAUUUAAGCGGCGCGCAGAGAGCGGCAUCGGCGUCGUGGAUCUCCAUCACCGCCUCUGUCGGUGUGAUGGCUGCGCACGCCGUGGGAAGACAUCGGCCAGUGCUGCUGAAGUAGACGCGAGUGAUGUGCUGUGUGCAUGCACACGCGUGAGCACACACGCACAGACUCUGACAUAGCAACGAGCGUGCAAGGAAAUCCGAGGAUGGAGGCAUCACGGACCGAUGUGUCGGUGACUCCGUUGCCUUCGAAACCGGCGUCGUUGCAACUUUGAUGCUACUGCUGCUGCUGGCGGUGAUGCCGAAGAUGAUGACGAGAAUGGCGAUGAUGAUGAUGAUGGUGGUGAGAGUCCUGCUGGGUUUAACGCUUACAACCACCGUGAAGAUCCCCGCGAGUUGUGUCGCCCCAGACGGUCGAAGCGCACAGCAGUCGAGCUCCUCGUCGUCUCUACUCCGAAGCCCGCGAUAGACUCUGCCGAGGUCUGUCAACACACUCCAUCACUCACCUGCGUAGGCUCGCUUAACACGCUCCAGCAGCAGCCACCUGCCGGCUUGCUCCACCGGGGCAGAGAUCGGCCGCGAUGCUCCUACUCCUGCUGCUGCCCAGCCUGGCCACCGCGGUCGCUCUCCUCGCGUGCCGGAGCAGCCACGCGGCAGCACCUCGCUCCUGCCCGGCUCCCUGCACCUGCGCGGGGGAGGUGGUGGACUGCAGUGGCCGAGCCAUCGCCUCCUUGCGUCCGGGCAGCGUCUCCUUGCCUCGCUACGCCAGCGUGCUGGACCUGAGCCACAACCUCCUGCAGAAGCUGCAGCCUGGCUGGCUGUCGGGCUCGGCGGCUCUCAGCCGGCUCAGCGUGGCUCACUGCCGGCUCAACUUCAUAGCGCAGGGGGCGUUCAGCCCGAUGGGGCAUCUGCAGCACCUGGACCUCUCCUCCAACCGGCUGGGCUCGCUGGAGGCGGACACGCUGGAGGGGCUACCGGCCCUGGAGGUGCUGCUGCUCUACAACAACUCCAUCUCGCGGCUCAACGCGGCGGCCUUCACGCACAGCCCGCUGCUGCGCGCCGUCUACUUGAGCCACAACGCGCUGCUCCGCGUGCCCGCGGACACCCUGGUGUCCAUGGGUCGGCUGUCGCUCUUCGACGUCUCCUUCAACCGCGUCGCCUCCGUGCCCGUGCAGGAGCUGAACGCGCUGCCGGCUCCUCUGCGGGACGGGCUGCUCUUGCACGGGAACCCGCUGGAGUGCGAGUGCCAGCUCUAUCUGCUGCUCGCCUCGUGGCGCAGGAGACGCUUCCGCUCGGUCACCGAGUUCGCGGACGGGGAGAUGCGCUGCGCCAGACGGGCCGCGGCCAACGCCACGGCGCUCGCCACGACCGCCAUCGACCUCCUGCAAGCUCGCCCCGAGGAGCUGGGCUGCUCCCAAACCGGCGGCGACGUUUUCCGCGCCUCCUACAGAGCGCACCUCACCGACGUGCUCACCAUCCCGUGCGACGUCCUGGUCGUGGGCCAGAGCGGCACCGAGUACGAGUGGCUCACGCCCUCCCGCACGCUCGACUCGGUCCGCAUCCUACCGGGGGGAGCUCUGGAAAUCCGCGCCCUGGAGCCCGAGAAGCUGUCAGGCGAGUACACGUGCCGGGCGUGGAACGCGCGCCUCCGCAUCAACGACUCGGUGACGGUGAACGUCACCGUGAUGGACACCCCGCCGCCCGAGAGCUUCAGCACGGGCCUCACCACCCUCAUCGCGUGCAGCGCCACGCUGCUCAUGGUGCUCGUGUACCUUUACCUGACGCCCUGCGGCUGCAGGCGACACGCGCAGCACCGCAGGCGCGAGCACCCCCAGUCGCGACCGCGCUGCUGCAACAGCUGCAGCUACUGCUGCUACAGCUGCUUGUGCUUGCGCUGCUGCGGGCACGACUAUGACGACGCUGCUGCUACUGCUGGCUGCUGUGGUCCGUGCAGUCAUGGUGGCGGUGGUGGUGGUGACGGCGGCGGUGACUGUUGUCAAUUUGGCCACUCGAUGCACGCCGAUGUCAGCGGUGGUGGCGGCGCGGUCGCCGGUGGAGGCCGAAUGUCGUCGCACGCCACCAACAGCCGGGCCCCCGGCCACUCGGUGUUGCUGGGGCCGGGGAGUUCGUGUCCCGGCACCGGGGCCAAGCACGUGGCCUUCCGGGAGCCGGCGGCCGCGUCGCACAACGGCAGCGCGGGGGCGCGCCUCCUCGUGCGCAUCAAAUCCGACUCGGAGUCGGCGAGCUCCGUGUACUCGGACGCCACGACCGUGCGCGAGUGCUGAACUCUCCCCAGAGGGCCGCUGUGCCACUCGCACCGCCGGCUGCCGCCUAGCGCGCACGCAGCCCGCGCGUUCAACAAACAGUGACAUCGUGGUGGUGGUGGUGGUGGCGAGGCGCGCAUCGCGACGUACUUCGCGCAUUCAUCAGCAGCAGCCUCGUGAGGGAGAGUGCGCAGUGGAGUGUGUACACUGGACCGACUUGCGUGUUGGCCAAUGGUCACUGAUUGGGGCUGUCCCGAAACGUCAGCCUGCCGUGUACACUCUUCUUCUGGCAUACGGCUGUGUUCAUGACGAAUGUGACGAGUUAACGGUGUGUGGUGUGUGUGGUGUGUGUGGUGUGUGUGUGUGGUGUGUGUGUGUGUUACGGAAGGCGUAUGUCUGUGCUGGCGCACACGUGCCUGUAAAUCCAGCGUUUUGCAGGCCAAGGGGUUGGUGGAUCACCUAGGGAUUUGAGGUGGGUAGGGGCUUGACAGGGAGCUGGCUGGACAGCUAAGUUGCCUCGCGAGGCCGCCUACGUGCAGCGGGGCAUUGCAAGCGAUUCCCCCCUCGUAAGUGCAGUUGCAGCUUCUGUUCCCACACCGACUCACUUUACAAACAUAAUUAAUAAUAUCCAUAAGAGGUUUUUUUUUUAGUUAGAUUGCCUAAAUAUAAAUGUGCCGUUAAACCCGCCACCACCCGACACAGCUAACUAGUAAGGGUUGUCGCGUAAGCAGAACGUGCCAAUUCGUCACGAGUACAGCACUCCGGUUGUGUGUUGCCACAACAUUUACAAUCUGAGUACGACUUCGUCAGUAAUUACAACUAGCGUCAUCAGCCGAUAGCCAGAUUUAAUUGAAACUAAAUAAUGAUUGGCGAAGCAUGCAGAUGGAGCAGGAAUCACCGGUGGAAGGGCACAGCUACCCGACGCGUCAUGAGGACGCGCGCGAAUGUUCAUGCCACCGCCGAGCCGAGGGAACGGCGAAGCGGCGUUGCUUUGACGCCGAGACGACGCCGAGACGGAGCGAGCCGCCGUCACGGCCACGGAUUCGUCCGCAGCGCCCGCGCGGGAGUGGUGCGCGGCCUGGCGCGAGAAGGGCGCCGCGUGCGAGCGGUGGACAGCAGCAGCAGCCACGUGGCUCCUGCUGCUGCUG